AUGGCCCGGCGGCGGCGCCGCGCUUGCAUCGCGCUCUUCCUCGUUCUGCUGUUCGCUUUUGGCACCCUCAUGGGGCUGCGCACAUUGAAGGCGCCUGAUGGGCUCCCAGAGCUCGCCCCGGGACUGGAGCUGGGGCCAUUUGAGCGCCGUGCCCCCGUGCCCGCUGGGCCCCCAGCAGCAGAGGCGGAGGCCGCCCGGGCUCCGCAGCCGCCACCCCCAGCGCCGCCUCGCACAGCUGCGGGCCCCAGCCCGGCCCCGGCCCCUGUUCCUGCCCCGGGAUCUGGUCCGCCUGUCUACUCAGACCUGCACGUCUUCUACUAUUCGUGGUAUGGCAGUCCACGGGGUCGGGAGGGCCGCUAUGUGCACUGGGACCACGUUAUGGUGCCGCAUUGGGACCCCAAAGUGUCCGCCAGCUACCCCAAGGGCCGCCAUAGCCCCCCGGAUGACCUGGGCUCCAGCUUCUACCCUGAGCUGGGACCCUACAGCUCCAGGGAUCCCGAAGUCUUGCGGGAGCAUAUGAACCAGCUCAAAGCUGCUGCCAUCGGGGUCCUGGUCCUGUCCUGGUACCCACCAGGCAUGGCUGAUGACAAUGGGGAACCCUCAGAUGAUCUAGUACCUGCUAUUCUUGAUACUGCACAUCAGUACAGCAUCAAGGUGGCCUUUCACAUACAGCCCUACAAGGGUCGGGAUGACCAGACGCUACAUGACAACGUCAAGUACAUCAUUGAUACGUAUGGAUCCCAUGGAGCAUUUUAUCGCUAUAAAAACAGCAUGGGCAGGAGCCUGCCGCUGUUCUACAUCUAUGACUCAUACCUUACCCCACCUGAUGCUUGGGCCCACCUCCUCACCCCCUCUGGAUCCCACUCAAUCAGAAACACUCCCUACGAUGGGGUGUUCAUCGCCCUGCUGGUGGAGGAGGCGCACAAGCGUGACAUCUUGUCUGCUGGCUUUGAUGGCAUGUACACAUAUUUUGCCUCCAAUGGAUUCUCCUUUGGCUCUUCCCACCAGAACUGGAAAGCAGUCAAGAAUUUCUGUGAUGCCAACAAUCUAAUGUUCAUCCCAAGUGUGGGGCCAGGCUAUAUUGACACUAGCAUUAGGCCCUGGAACAACCACAAUACCCGGAACCGGGUCAAUGGCAAGUACUAUGAGACAGCCCUGCAGGCGGCCCUCACCGUAAGGCCAGAAAUCGUCUCCAUCACUUCCUUUAAUGAGUGGCACGAAGGGACCCAGAUCGAGAAGGCCAUCCCCAAGAAGACCCUCACCCGCCUCUACCUGGACUACCUGCCCCACCAGCCUAACUUGUACCUGCAGCUGACUCGGCGCUGGGCUGAGCAUUUCAUUAAAGAGAAGGAACAAUGGUUGAUGUGACUGGAUCCACAGACUCAAGUACAGGCAGUUGAGGAACGACCCGAGUUCCAGAUACAGGGAAAGAAGUCGCACUGUGGCACAACUGGAUGAGAUCACAGAAACCUGCAUCUCUAAGCCAGGAGCGCUGGUGCUCCUGGGUGUUGCCUUGUGUGACUAGGCCAGAUGUGGAGAAUGAAUCAAGCUCCUUAGGUUGGGAUAGCGUGGUGGGUUGUCUGCAGCAAAGUCCAAUGCACUCAGUAGCAGUUAAGAGCAGGGGAAGGACAUAGUCUUACAGGUAUCUGGGCCAGUGACCCAGCAUCAGGACAUUCAGUAAAGCUCCAAAAUCUUUUCUAGACUUGAACUUUGCUACAGUAGGUCAGCGUAAAGUGUGGGAGUAUUUGUGGUAUUUCAUAAACAGCUGCUCUGCUCCCAAAACAGUGAGGGCAGGGUUGGGGCUCAGCAUGCAUCCAAUCCCUUUCCCAAGCCCCACCUGAUGCCUUGCUCCACUCUCCCCGAGGAUAGAAGUGGAAAUCAUGGUUUGCCUCCUCAAGAAGCUUUCCCUUGAGUAUUUUAAAAAGGAAAACCCCAUGGAGUAUGACUGAUGGCCAGAAAUCAGUGUGAGAAGAAAUCUGAGCAAUCAAUGGGCCAAGAAGCAAAGCCUUCCUUACAGGUAGGCCAAAGCUGGGGGCUUUCCUUUCCUAAAGGUGGACUAUACCGAGUCCUGUGUUUUCUUCCUGUGCCCUGAAUCAUGAGUCUAAAUGGCUCAAAACUCCUCCUCUUCAGCAACAAAACAAAACUCCUUAUUCAGGGGAUUCAUCUGGCUUGCAGAGUCCUACAAGCUGAUGGGACAGUAGUGAAGAUAGAUGGUAUGAAUGGUUCUUUUGGAUGCCUCCACCUCACACAUCCCUGUUCACAAAAAUUUAAGUAACAAAUCCCACCCAGUAGAGUCACUUUUCAGUGCUACUGCGAUUUGUAUUAAUUAAAUAAACGUCAAGUGCUCUCUUU